AUGGAUUUUGCCUGUCAGGUUUGUUAUAUUCCGCAAUUAAGUAGUAUGGCUCCAAUUGUUUUCUGCACUCUGUUUACAUUUAUAAUUAUUAGUCGCGAGUUUAAUGAAUAUGAAUAUAGAAAAUGGUGGUCGACGCAUAGUCGCACUGCUCUAGCUACGACGCUUUUAUCUGGACUUGAUGUCGAAGUUUUGAACGUGGCAUCUUCACAUAUUGCUAGCAUUGGUUCACUAAACGCUCCUUACUCACCAGAAGCGGAUAGACGGAUUUUAUAUGCUACCGUUUUUAUUCUAAUUACCGAAGACAUGCCUCAAUUUAUAUUUUUGAUAAUUUAUCAAAGAGUUAUUGUCAUCCCGGCUAUUGUUCCUAUUCUUGCACUUUCUUCAUGCACUAUUCUCAUAUUUCUUAAAGCCAUAUCAAUAAUAUAUUAUGCAUUCUUCUAUGAACGAAAAUUGCGACACGAGGAUGAUGAACCUACGAAUGAAACCGAUGCACCUACAAGGAAAACAGAAAAGAAACCAGAUAAUAGGCCAUCAGGACAGACACAUAUAGUCACAUUUUCAAGUUCAGAUCCAAUUAUAGAUAUUGGAGAAAGUCAUGAAAAACCUUCGAAAUUCAAAGAAGUUUUGUGA